GAGCGAAUGUUGUGAAAGCUGUAAUGUCAGAGCUCGGAGUGGAAACGUAAAUGCAACAAAAGUUCGGACUUCAGAGUUGUGACAGCUACCAUCAUGGAGGAAAAACAAAGCAACGCCGACUUCUCACUAGACCCUGGAGGAGCAGCAGCAACAGCAGAUCAUGAGCCGGAGAAAAUAACCAGCCGCCAGCUGACCGAACAGAGCCGCUUUGCUUUUGCUGCUCUGUGCGCCGUUUCCUUGGGCCAGCUGUUUUCUGUGUCUGAAAACAGUGCGUUUAGGGAGCAGUACCUGCAGGACUUGGUCCAAUGGCUGGGUCUGGACCAGUCGGUGAUGCCAGUCAUGGGGGCUUUCCUGUCAGGCCUGGGCUCUGAGGGCACAGACACCUUCCUCUCCAUCCUACAGGCAGAUCCGCUGGUGGCUGCAGGAGCCACGCCCAUCAUACAGGAUCUGGUGUCUUUGUCUGUCAAAGAUGGUCAAUAUGAUGCCAGAGCGAGAGUCCUGAUCCGUCAUGUGAGCUGUUUGCUGCGAGUGUCUCCUCAGCAGCUGGAAGAGUUUGAGGAGACGCUGGGAGAGAGGCUGAGGGAGGCAGGAGAGGAGAGCGAAGAGGAGUCGUCCCGCCGCCAGAGGAGAGAACGAAAACGAAAGCUGAGACGCUACCUCCUGAUUGGCUUGGCCACUGUGGGGGGAGGGACCAUGAUCGGUGUGACAGGUGGACUGGCGGCUCCGCUGGUGGCAGCCGGGGCUGGCGCAGUGCUGGGGGCCGGUGGGGCUGCGGCUCUGGGCUCAGCCGCUGGUAUUGCUAUAAUGGCCUCUCUGUUUGGAGCUGCUGGAGCCGGACUGACUGGAUAUAAAAUGAAUAAGUGUGUUGGGGCCAUAGAAGAGUUUGAAUUUCGACCAAUGAGCUCUGGGAAGCAUCUGCACCUGACCAUAGCUGUGACUGGUUGGCUCUGCAGUGGGAAAUACAGUUCGUACCAGGCCCCGUGGUCCAGCCUGGGGGAGUGUGGCGAGCAAUACUGCCUGGUGUGGGAGUCGCGCUUCCUCCGGGAUCUGGGCUCCGCCAUGAUUUCUCUAUUGGACGGUCUGGUCAGCAUGGUGGCUCAGGAAGCCCUGAAGUACACCGUGCUCUCAGGUAUCGUGACAGCUCUGACGUGGCCCGCAUCUUUGCUAGCAGUGGCCAGCAUCAUUGACAACCCCUGGUGUGUUUGUCUGAACCGCUCGGCGGAGGUGGGCAAACACCUGGCUCAGGUGCUGAGGAGCAGGCAACAGGGGAAGCGGCCCGUCAGCCUCAUAGGUUUCAGUCUUGGAGCCCGAGUCAUCUACUACUGUCUGCAGGAGCUUGCUAGUGAUAAAGGUAGUGAAGGAGUGGUAGAGGAUGUGGUCCUCCUCGGAGCUCCUGUUGACGGCUCUGAGAAGUCCUGGGAAAGAAUGGUCAAGGUGGUGGCAGGAAGAAUAGUCAACGGGUACUGCAGAGGCGACUGGCUCCUGGGGUUCCUGUACCGAAGCUCAGCUGCACAGAUGUCUGUCGCUGGGCUGCAGCCAAUCAACAUCCAGGACCGCCGCAUAAUUAAUGUGGAUCUCUCAUCUGUGGUGAAAGGCCACUUGGACUACAUGCGUCAGAUGGACACCAUCUUGGUGGCAGUGGGAGUUCCCACCAAAGAAGUGGCAGGAGCUUCAUUUGUUCUUCCUCAGUCUGUAAGAGUCGCUCAGAAGACUGUGGACAAUCUGGACUGGGCCGAAGAGCAGCAUCGAGCGAGCGAGACUCAGAAUCCUGCUGAGAAAGACAAAACGUCGUCACAAGACUGGCGGGACGAGACAGAGGACAUGGGCAAUGGCUGGGACAUUCCUGACAUCACAGAUCUGCUAGACUCGCUGAAUGAGACGGAACAAAAUAACGGAGUCUCAGUUCUAAACAUUGUUUCCCCCAACGACACCACAUCCUCUGAUUUUAUUGCUCAGAACAGCAGAGAGGAGGCUGAGCCGGAUGAUGAGCAGAUAUCCUGGAGCUGGAAUGACACACACUGGACUGCGGAUCACUUACACAAAUAAAAACCUGGAGAAGAGCGAGUUCCAGGACCAUCUUCUCCUCUCAGGUUAUUCUAUGCAACACAGAAGCUUCUUCAGUGAAAAGACAUUUCUGUUGUUGGCAGAGAAAACACGUCUCAUACAUGCAUAUGGCAGCUUUUAGAAAAUGAAUUAACUGCCUUGUUUCAUUACUUAAUGUAUGAAUAAUUUAAUCAUAAUUUUGCAACACAGUGUUUUUUAUGAACUGUAAAGGUGAUUAAUAUUUGUUCUCCUGUGAGACCAAGUACCUGCAGAAUAGUUUAGUUUGCUGGUUAAGCAGAUGCUACAUGAUUGGAGGAAAUGUUCAUCCUUCCAUCCUCAUUUUACAUGUAGACUGGUUUCUAACAGUUCAGUCAUUUCAUGGCCUAUUUAUCUUUGGCCAUGAAAGGAAUGUGAUACAUCUUUUAUCAGCAAGUGAAGUUAGUUUUAUAAAAGUAUGCACGAUCCAUGAAUUUAUUUCUCAUUUUCAUACAUUCUUACCCCAUAUUUUAUUAAUAUUUUACAUGAUAUGCUACAAAAAGUAGGGCAUCUUAGUGAAUCAAUGGAAAAAUGCACAGUUUUAGAUUAAAUUAGGCAGUGCUGCUUUGUGUUGGUGUAUCACAUAAAACCCCAAUGAAAUAUACUGAAAUAUUAAAGUUCAAGGAGCGUGAAUACUUUUGGAAACCACUAUAUGGUUAGUUUGGUAAAACUCAGCUCUUUGUGCAACGCUUCGCUACGUCCAGAGGGUCUGGACCCUCGGCUAAAUAAUUAUUUCCUGGAGGUGUGACCUCUGUUGAGGUUUUUAUUUUUACCCAACUGACGUAAUGUGCCAGUUGCACGCUAUGAAGCUUACUGGACGUUGUUUGCACUGUAAACAACCAUCCUCCACUGUGAAGAGGGAAGAGCUGAUCUGAACAAGGCGAUUGGUUAUGUUAAAUAUUUGGAGGUUCAUCACCGACUGAACGGCUUCCUUCACUUCCUCUGCUGCCAUUGCUAAACCGCAGAAUACAAUCUAAAUUAGAGCAGAAGAUCAACGGCAUCAUUUUCAAAAAUUUUCUAGAACAAACAAAGAGCUGGGAAAGUUGAAAAUUUGAUAGAAAAAUUUUUUAACUAAAUGUUAAACAAUGUUUUGCUUCUUCUGUUCUUCCAACAAACACUCUCAGGAAGUUGUGUUCAUAUGUGUUAAAUCUGAUUUUCUCUGUUCAGUCAAAUAUAAAAUAUUACUGAAUAUCAGUACUUA